GCACGCUCCUUGGCUCGCUGUGUCGCCGCGUCCCCGCUACGGCCACAAAGAUCACAGAUGCAGUCACGCGCCAACCAAUCCAUCCACCCAACCCGCCCACGCCCUCCUCCGGGCUUGGCAUUUUCACGAACACCUCACGUACACCUCCGCUCCGCCACCUCCUCGCCGCGCGCCGCCUCCCCCUCCAUUCGCCGCUCUCUCCGGCUCCCCCUCUCUCGGUCGCCGCGUGCCACCGGCCCAGCGGCAGCCAUGGGGCGCAGGAACGCGAGCAAGCCGAGCAGCGACCGCUUCAGCGCGCGGGUGAAGGCCGUGACCGGAGCACUCCCUGCCGCGCGGAAGGGAGGUGAAGUCAAGGCCUCCACGCUCUCUCAAGCGGAGGACCUCACCGCGGACUUGCCGUUCUCGCCGCUCGCGCACCACGUCUUGGGCCACGUGCGCGCCGCGGUCGGGGAGGACGCGUUGGCGCUCGUUUCCCUUCGCCGCGCCAUAGAACUCGCCCCCGGCGACCUCGGCAUCGCCUUCACCCUCGCCAAGAGGUACGCCGCUAGGGAGCAGUUCGAUCUGGCGGCGGAGGAGUGCCAGCGCGCGCUCGGCCGAGGUGACGCUGAUCUCGUCGACCCGCAGCUGCACGCCGUCUUCGAGCCCCGCCACUUGGAGCCGAGCAAAGAGGCGCGGAUCUCCACUGCUAAGAAUCGCCUCAAGCAACUCCUUGUCGACGCCUUGUCGAAGAUCGCCAUCCCGAUGGCCCGAGAUCGUUGGAACGGCAUGAGCGAGGAGACGCGCCGCAGUUUCCUGACAGUGGGUAUUGACGAGAUGGUAGCAUACUACUGUGCUAAGUCGUCUGACGAGUGUCAGAUGAGUGCUCUCACUGGUGCACUGGACUUUGUGAAGGACAAUAGAGAAUGGAUCUGCUGGCUGUGCCCUCAAUGCGAAAUGACUUUCCUCACUGCGAAGACCUUCCAGUUGCAUGUUGAGGAGGAUGAGUUCUCCCGGUCCCAGGAGUUCAAAGAAUCGCUGUUGUUUGUGCCGGAGAGGAUAUCUGAUGAACAGACAGAGUUUAUUAAGUGUUGGACUCUGCCAUCUGAUGUCAAUCCUACUGAAGAAGCUGAGGGAGAAAAGAUCUUGACCAAGAUCAAGAGUACAUUUCAGUACCUCAAGGAUCAGAAGGCUCUAUCUGUUGAUCUUUUUGACAACCUGAUCAAAUUCAGGAAAAACCGGAUUGAAGAAGCUGUUACCCAAAAUUAUAGCUGCAUUACUUCUCUGGACCCUGGAGGGCUUCUGUUGCUGGGGACUUAUCUGGAUUUGCUUCGAUUGAGGGUUGGUGAUGCCGAGCAGGAUAGCCGUGAGAAUUUUGGUGGGGGAGUUGUUCAAGACGCUUGCGUUCUAUCUAUAGGUACUGAUGAGAAUGUGCUAAGAGUUACUGAUGGUUCUAGCAAUCAAGAUGCUCUGUUUAGCUGGCUAUCUAGACCUUCAAGACAAGACCCAUUUACAUCAUGGGACAACAUGAGGCAAGCCUGUCUAGAUAAGGGAACUCAUGCCCUUGGAAAGUUAAAUGGAAGGGCCGCUGCAUUGAUAGAGAAAGUUAAUCUGAAACGUGGCUUAACAGCGACGCAGACUUAUGAAGCUUAUUUUGGUGAAAAGGCUAAAAUAGAUAUUGAGAUCAUGCAAUUGGGUGCCGAAGUUGAUAAUUUGAAGAAAAACCUCUUGGAAGUCUGCACUUAUGAUUAUCGUGAAAUCAUUUUACCAGCUAUGAAAGAUUUCCUAUGGGCUAAACUGUGUAAUGUUCCACCUAAAGGGGUCUCAAGUUCUGAGGAUGAUAAAGUUGCUGAGGCAAGUAUUGAAAACAGAGAUCCAGUUCAAGAAGAUAUUAAUGUAGAAAUAGUCUUACAAGAAGAUGAUGAGAAAGGUGCCAAGGACAAUCGAGAGGGUGGAGAUUCAAAUUUGCCUCACGAUUAUGGUGCAGAGCUUCCAGGCGAUAGUAAAGUUGACGGAGCGUGGGGCUCCUCACCGGGAGACCGCGCAGGCCCCCCUUUGCCGGUUCGGCCGGGGGCCCUGGGUGAGGUUCUAAGCUCCUGGUCUGUGUGUGGAAGGUUCGCGAGAGUGGAAACACACAAGACACGGGCGAUGUAUACAGGUUCGGGCCGCUGAGAAGCGUAAUACCCUACUCCUGUGUUUUGGUGGAUCUGUGUAUGAAGAAGCUACAAAGUGCGAGCCAGCCCCCGAUUGUUCUGGGAUCCGAAAAGAUCAUCCCCCUUCUAAGUGGGCAAGGUCCUCCUUUUAUACCUCAAGGGGAUACCACAUGCACCAUCUCUCUCUUUUUGUGUGGGGACUUAUCCUCUCUUU